ACUGUACAUGAGUAGGAACGGGGAGGGAGGAGCGUUCGUAGUAUUUCUCUUCAUUUCAAAUCCCUGUCGUGGCAGCACGGGUAAGGCAGAGGACUUUUCUCCCCUUCAAACUAAGGGGAAAACCCACCAGCGAGAAUCUAGUGCACGUCCUAAAGAGCAAACGGAGGACUUUGGGAGGAGGAAACAGUAGUUUGAAGGCACGCUGCGGUGGCAUCGGCUCGCUGUGUGCACUAGUGUCUCCACGCUUGCACUGGAUACACGAAGCAGGACGUUUUCACUGAUCUGCGACUCGCAGGAUCCCCGUGAUCUCCCUGAAAGCCGCCAAACGUUCACACGGAAUGUUGGCUUGAGCUCAAAAAUCCUAAAUCAACCACAGCUUGUCUUUGCUCCCUGGGCCCCACUGCUUUCAGGCUGUCACCCCACAUGUGGAUGUAGACCCCGUCUGGGAUAGUGCGGAUCAGCAGCCUCCGCUGACUUUUUAGGCAACCUGUCCUGAGCUCUCCAAAAAGACGGCGACCAACAGUUCCAGCAGACCCAGGCCUGGGGAAAUCAUUAACCAAAAACAAAGCACAACAGGACACUGACCUCAUCACAUAUUGCUGCAUUAUCACUGGUCGUCUGAGUUGGAGAGUGAGGCGGGCUUGGUUUGCGAGCGUCGCUCCACAGAGCCGUCCGAUGACUAUCUGACUCAUCACAACCCGCGAAUGACAGGCGUGCAUUCGAAGGUGGGGCCCGCCUCAGUCUCACAUGAUUGGCUGCUGGAUGGAAAUAAGGUGAAUGGAACACAUGCCCAAGGAGCAGGACCCAAACCAAUCAGAGGGAGAAGAGAAACGGUGGCUCGAUGGCCCGAAAAGGAAGAGAAAGAACAGCCAGUGUUCGGUGAAGAGCAUGUCUGGGUACAUCCCCAGCUAUCUGGAUAAGGAUGAGCCGUGUGUGGUGUGUGGAGACAAAGCUACCGGCUAUCACUACCGCUGCAUCACCUGCGAGGGCUGUAAGGGAUUCUUCAGGCGCACCAUCCAGAAGAACCUCCACCCCUCUUACUCCUGUAAGUACGAUGGCUGCUGCAUCAUCGACAAGAUCACCCGCAACCAGUGCCAGCUGUGCCGCUUCAAGAAAUGCAUUGCCGUGGGCAUGGCCAUGGAUCUGGUUCUGGAUGACUCCAAGCGGGUUGCGAAGCGGCGCUUGAUUGAGGAGAACCGUGAGAAGCGGAAGAAGGAGGAGAUGGUCAAAUCCCUGAAGACUCGGCCAGAACCCACCAGCUCAGAGUGGGAGCUGAUCCGUAUGGUGACAGAAGCUCACCGCCACACCAAUGCACAGGGCUCUCACUGGAAACAGAAACGCAAGUUCCUGCCGGAGGACAUCGGACAGUCUCCGGUGGCCCCCACAUCAGAUGGGGACAAAGUGGAUUUGGAGGCCUUCAGCGAGUUUACCAAGAUCAUUACCCCAGCCAUCACACGUGUUGUUGACUUUGCCAAAAAACUGCCCAUGUUUUCGGAGCUGCCUUGUGAGGAUCAGAUCAUCUUGCUGAAGGGCUGCUGUAUGGAGAUUAUGUCCCUACGUGCUGCAGUUCGGUAUGACCCGGAAAGCGAGACCUUGACCCUGAAUGGAGAGAUGGCUGUCAAACGAGAGCAGCUAAAGAACGGAGGGCUGGGCGUUGUGUCUGAUGCCAUCUUUGACUUAGGCAAGAGUCUGGCACAGUUUAACCUGGAUGACACAGAGGUGGCUCUACUGCAGGCCGUACUGCUUAUGAGCUCAGAUCGAACAGGCUUGACUUGUGUGGAGAAGAUUGAGAAGUGCCAGGAGAUGUACCUCCUAGCGUUCGAACACUACAUCAACUAUCGCAAGCACAACAUUCCUCAUUUCUGGCCCAAGCUGCUGAUGAAGGUGACGGACCUGCGCAUGAUCGGAGCCUGCCACGCCAGCCGCUUCCUGCACAUGAAGGUGGAAUGCCCCACUGAACUCUUCCCCCCACUUUUCCUGGAGGUCUUUGAGGAUCAGGACGUGUGACGUCCCAGCGAGCCGCGGCAGGAGAAUCAACAACAUUUUGUAACCCGUUUUUCUCUACCCGUCUCACCCCCCUCCACGCACCAAACUCACCAGCAGCAGCUGCAUUGGCAGGGGUCAUCUUCAGAAAGGCUUUCAUACAGGGGGGUUUAAGUCGACAAAAUUUUAUUUUAUUUUUUUUAAAGAAAGCUCAGCCCUCCUCAUCUACUAAAUUCCCCACAUGUGGCCCUUCUGUCUCGGCAUGAUGUCUUAUAUUGGUUUACCAACACCUUAGACACAGAAUAUACAUAUACACACACACACACACUCCUGUAAGUGUGCUUACAGAUGCAGUACUCAUGCGACUCAAAUCCAAUGAGCUCGUAUGCAUUUGUACACGUACAGACUGCACUACUGUCACGCCACCACUGGAGGUGCCCUCUGCUAAGACUGGACGGCAGCUGGCAUAUAGAUUCCUCCGCCAGGUCGUGAAGUGGUCAGUUCAUUUAGUUGAUUGAAAUCUCAGCGUUCUCCUGAGAUUGACCGUCGGUAUCUCAAGCUCCACGCUAACAUGGAUCUUCUUUAACAGACCACAUGAUUCUCUUCGAAAUUGAGCCUGUGUGUGGAGCGGGAGGAAUUUUUUUGAACCAAAUCAGGUGCUAUAUUUAAAUAAAGCUACUCAAAAUGAUUUGGGACUUUUCGAGAAUAUAUCUCCCUCCCUACUCAGUAGGACAUGGACCGUUGAAAGCUCUCGGUCCCCUUUUUAGUGCUCAUUCAGGGGUGCUACUCUGCGACUUUGUGUGCAGUUCAUUCUUGCCAAUGUCUGGGCUUAUUUGUGGACUCCUUGAGCCCCUCUUUGUCCCAGGAAAGUCACGCAGAGAGAUGGAAAUCCAGGCGCCCCUACACCUCCAAUCCGCACUGAUUUUUGUGUUUUACAGGUGUCGGGAGGGAGCCAGUAUUACCGUACUCCCAGACCCAUCACACACACACACACACACACACACAAAUGUACUAAAACAAACACCUCAAAACUCGAAUGCCUCAUUUUUACUGUAUGCACUGCAGUGCUGUAGUUCUGGACUCCCAUGCAGGGCUUUGAGAGUUCAGUCCAGCCCAUCUGUGUUCCGCUCAGAUGCUACUGUUGCCCGGUCUGUGCGAACACACACGCACACUCCUGACGGGCCAUGGCGGACUGGCUGUUGUUGAUGUUUUUUCUUUGUUGUUUUUGUUUUACCUCAAAUGUGGGCACACCUCCGGCUGGCUGUGGCUCCUAGACUGCCUCUGUGCUGACAGGUUCUACCUCACCUCUGGACACAGGGCAGCUACCCUCAGCCACACGCACACACAUUUACACACACCUACACACACUUGUAUUCCCACACACUAACAGCCGGGAUAGAAAAACUCGCAGACAAAGUUUCUUCUCAGUUACGUUGAAAUACCACUGUAGACAGGAGGGCCUGCCAUUCCUCAUUGUUGCCUGUCAGAUUUCUUUGAGGUCUCUUCACACUGGGCUGAGAGAAAAACUAUUCUGGAUGGGCUUUUUUUUGUUUGUUUGUUUUCGUGUGGGACCAAGUGUCACUUCGAUUUCCGUCAAAUUGGAAGCUAGUUUUUAGCAGAUGGCAAACCUAACCGUACAUCCCGCUGACUGCGAAGAGGAGUCGUGGAGAGAACUUCAGAUGAAGGACCCGAGGUGGCCAGGCCUGAACCGAAUGGGUCUAUCGCUGUUUCCUUUUUUCAAUACCAAGCAGUAAUUUGCAAAGUGGAGCUAGGAGUCGGCUGGUUUCUUCAUGGUGGGGCAGGGGAUGUGGGGAAGCUAGCAGUUGAAUGAUAGCACUUAGUUUUGAAAGAACCAAAUAUUCAUAAACGAUUCAACCCCUGGCACCUUUUAAGGAGUUUUUGCACUAAGGCAUGAUGGGUCCCACCCUCCAGCUCCUCUAGCUCAGUCACAUGUUUUCCAAGGACACGAUCCCAACCUCUCUGUCAAACAGAGGCCACACCUUCAUGUGCUCCUGAGCACACCCUCAGAGUCAGUAUUAAGUCAAGCAACGUCCUCAACAAAUGACAAAACACUCAUUCACGAAUAGACCUCUGUGUCCCCGCCCCCUCGAAGCCAGAAGUGGCUUGAGACUAACACCCAACUGAAACGGGCCUUUCCUUUGUGAGACAAAGGAGCAGCCAAGCCAUGCAAAGAAUGGCAGCACCGAAUGAAUGUGAACGAGGAGCAGCAGAAUGAAAGAGCCAGGACGAGGAGUUGCUCUAUAAUGAGGUUGUGAAGGAAGACAGCCAAUCAGAACGCGAGGAAAUUUGAGCAUUCCGUAAACACCCUGCAUGGAGUUCCAUCUUGGAAUAGGAGUGACGCAGCAGUGGACAGCGAUUGGCUAAUCGAGUGAACGCAAGGGUUUCGAUGCUGCUUUACCUUUUAAUUUUAUUUGAGAGAGAUAGAAUAAGAAAAAAAAAAGAAAUGAUAAAAUAAUUACAAACCCAGAAAACAAAUAAAAAAUGACUCCAGAACAAAGAGUUCAAAUCUCGGAGCUUGAGCUGUUUGUUUCUUUCUUUUUGUUUUGAACUGAAAUGUGUGUGUUUGUUUUCAAUGCUUAACUGCUCUAUGUAAGAGAGAAAAACAACAGCCGUAGUCACUUUUUGACCAUGCGUGCAGUGUAAACUAGAGAAUUUCUCCUUUUUCACCUCACUAUAGUUUGUAAUGAUAAGUCGACUGCUCUGUUUGUUUGUGUAUCUGUCCAUCGUCUUUUUAUCAAGAGGAAUUUACAACAAGAAACAGGAAUAUUUUCUUUUUAUAUUUUGUUUUCUUUUUUAUGAAAGAAGACCUAGAAGAAAAAAAAAAAACGUGAGAAAUAAUGCAACAGAAACUGAAAAAAAACUGAAACACAAUCUACUCAUACCUCACACAACACAAAGCUUAAAUGAACUUGGGAGGAGUGCUUAUCUGCGUGGCACUUGUGUCAAAAUGCGUCCGGUGCAUGUGUUGAACUGUACGAUGGGGUGUAUGUGCGCAUGAGCGUUCAUGUGAUCGCAGAAGCACACGGCCUCCUCCUUCGGCCUCGAAAGCCCAUCUGUUUCAGAUUUGCACCAGUUGCAUGCAUUAGCCUCCGUUUGUGAACGGUGUCACCAGCGCUGAUGCGACGGGCCGUGAUGGGAGCAGACGGAAUGCGGUGUGGCUGGAAGGCUGGAAAGGGAGUCGUUUGCAUCCGUGACAGCAGAGAGUGCUUCGUGGUAUUGAAUGUAGCUGACAGGACUGGGCUGGAACUGAGCCCGGGAACUAGAACCUCACUUCAGGUCACCAGCAAGAGUGGACAGUGCUGUCAAAAUGAUGUUACACAAACAGCUUACUAAGCGCAUAUUGCCCACCUUCAAGGUGCAAUACUUGUGUUUUGUUUUGUUUUGUUUCGUUCUUCUUUUUUGUACUUUUACAAGUUUUUUGGCCAUAACCAAGGAUGUAAAUACAAAACGAAAAGAUAUUGAAAGAUUAAAUCACUAUGUGUUAACCAUAUGCAACCGUCACAUACUGGAUGUUGAGGCCAGAACGCAGCCGGCUGAUCCCGGCGUUUUUGUAAAGUAAAUCUGCUUAAGUAGCUCUGUAAAUGCUUCACACAUCUGUACGUGUGCUUUUGUGCACUCGCAAACGUGCAUGUUCAAUACAAAUAUGAAGAAAAAGUGCCCCAUGAAAUUAUCAAUCCAACCCUGUGCCUCCGCAACCCUCUGCCCCACACUCAAACCGCUCUUUCCGACAGGGUAGCUAGAUGUACAUUUGUUCGCUAGGUCAGAUUGCUGGUAGAGACGUACAUUAGGUGGGUAAUGUCUGGUACCCAGAAGCACUUAGCUGGCCUCGCUACUGCCAAUCAAUUUCCUCAGAGGAGAACAGUAGAUACUGGUUUUGUUUCGCUUUGGUGGUGGUGUAGUUUUGUUUCUCGCCCUUUUUUACCAAAUUUUGUGCUAUCUUUUUUUUUUCUUUAGCAAAAGACAAAAAACGCCCAGAAGCAAGAAUGUCUAUGCAAUGCUAAACCCUCUGAUAGCAUGAUGACUGUGUUAUUGAUCCCUGAUUAGCAGACAUGCCUCUAAACACCCCCGCCCCCCAGAGUCCCACCCACUGCAGCUGCAUGAGCCUCAGUCAGUUUGUCUGUUCAUCAGUCAGUGUACAAGUCAAUGGAAAGAUAGCCCUAACUGCUGCCUGAGACCUGCUUUGUAAAAACCUUACGAACAUUUGAGGGCGCUAGUUCAACUUUCCACUCAUCUCCGAUGACGUCAUCCGCUGUCGAGGGACUGCAUUUGUGUUUCUAUGUAUGUGUUUGCAUUGAAUGCUCUCAUGGUUCGGUGGAUUGGUACUACCUGUUAGAAACAAAACGGCAUUUCAUACAUUCAGAAUGGAAAUUAGUUUUGUAGAAACAGCAAAAUAUCAUUAAUAUUCUUUUGUCAACCAAAACAUAUUUUUGAGUUUAAAUUCUUUCCCCUCUCAGCUGUGAUAGUGAAUCUCAGACCAAACUCAGUCAGGUUUAAAGCUGAAGUGUCAUUUUUUUUUUCUUAAUAUGCAAAAUCAACUAUCUUAUAUGUUAAAAUACUUGAUUACUACACAGAGAUUACUAUAAGUAAGCCAUUUCUAGGCUGAUUUCACCAAAAAAAUGUAAAGACCGGGGUUGCCAGGUUUUCACAGCAAAACCCGCCCAAUUGCUACUCAAAACUAGCGUAAAACUAGCCCAAAUGCUUUUCAGCGGCAAUCCCCCGGUAAAAAUCUUGUUAUGGGGGUAAAAUACACAUUCUUUGGUGGGGUUCCCAUAGUAAAAAUUGCCUUCCAGGGGCUAAAUAUCACGUCAUUGGGGUCCCUUCAACCCACGGCAAUAAUGUAAAAGUAGCCUAAUUCCGUGGAAAAACCGUGGACUUAGCAACACUGGUAAACACACUGUCUCUGAGGCACUAUCAGAACAUUUCACAAGUCUGGCAACAGCUCAACCAAUGGUGUGAGUUUGAGGUGGGGCUAUCAGUUUUAUCUAGCCAAUAGCAGAAGAGGGGGGUGUUUUGGAAACAUGCAGUUCCAUUUAAAGCCACCAGUGGCGCAGAAAUCUCACACUUCAGCUUUAACACAGUAUGCAAAACCCUAAAUAACCAAAAGAAAUCAAGAGGCAUGCUAUUUUUGAACAUUUGAGUUUGAUUGGCCACCCUCACCACUGUAAUGUCAAAGCCCUCAUUUUCUCUGUUUUCUUUGAAUGUGAGUAUCUUCAUUUGAUUAGACUGUUUGUGAAUAUGAACAAGAGCUCAUUUGCAAAAUGCACCCAGCCAUGAGAGUGUGAGCAGAGAGCGGGGAUGAUGUCCAUACCACAGCUGUUUUAAAUGAGACUGGAAAGGAAAGCUAUUGAAGGAUUCUCUCAGGUAUCAACAAAAUAAAAAAGACAAAAAAAAAAGGAAAUAUAACAAACUUUUUUUUUAAUAAAUUGAAAAAUUCCAGCCAUGCCUUCUUGUUAGCUCAUCAUUCUUUGCUCUCUGAGUUGAAGACGUGCUUUCAGUGUUCAUGUCCUGUGGUCUUCUUUUCUUUAGUGUUCAUCAGUCGCUCUCUUUCUGCCACAUACACACACAUUUCUCCUGCACUCUUGGGGCUGCUUCAAUGGGACUCAUAAAAAGCCUGGUGAGAAAACAUCUCUGCUUAUCUAAACAUUAAAGCAGUGGAGCCAGACCCAGUCAAACCUGUCCUAUUUAAAGGUGCACUCAGUAUUUAUCAAUUUUUUUCUGAAACACUUAUAACAUCCUUUUGGACUCAUACUGACACCUAGUGGUGUGGAUGAAAUGUCAUGCUAAUUUUUUAAUGACUAGUGCUGGUGUAGAAAUGCGCUAUUUGCUGUCAGACAUUAUUCUGUUAAUGAAAGUUUUUUGAUAAUAGGUAACCACCAAGAUAAUUCAGUUGGGUUUCCAAGCAGCAUUCAGUUGGUCAUGUCAUCUCAAAAUGGCGAACUCCAUGAAGCGACCCAUAAUACUGCUUUUUAUUAGGCUACUGUAAAUGGAUUUACAACAUUUCAAGAUUUAUGCAUUUUCAAAACUAUUUAAAAAAAUAUUCUUUAUAUAAUCAUGAAACGUGCACCUUUAAAAUAUGUGAGCAAAUGACAAGUGCACAAUACAUUCAUAUGGGAGUGAAACUUUGCAACACUCAUCACCUGUUUCCAUCAAAGUUAAAGACUAACUUUACAUGAAUAGGUGUUGUUUAAUCAUAUGAUGACCAUCAUUUUUUGCUCCUCCUGACAUUUGUUAUGGGUUUGGACUUGUGCAAUCUGUGGCAGUGUGCAAUGUGCAAUGUGUUUUCUGUGCGCAUGCUUUUGUGCUGUGAAUAUGUGUCUGCUGGUGGGUGUGAGUGAGUUUUGUGUAUGUUUGCUAUUAGUAAUGACCAUGUGGCUGGAUUUGCUGACUGACCCCUUGGACACGCUUUGAGGCUCUACUGAUGCAGUAUAAAAUCAAAUAUUUGAAAUGAACAUUUCCUCAAGGAGCAUAGCAGUUCAUACUGAGAAUAUGGUGUCAGGUUGGAAAGUGGAGAAUAGCAGAAUGGGAAAUGAGGUCAAUAAUUUGUUUUCAGGUCCAUCUUUAAAUAGAAUCACUAAUGAUUUUCCUGUUGCUAAUGAAGAACUAUUCCACGAUUUUUUGCUCUCUAACUCUUGCUCACACAUGUGCAACAGUUUCAUUAGCUGUGUCUGUUUUAUUUCUAGAUUUUUUAUUUUAUUGCACAUGUUUGGGCUGUGCGAUGUAUAAAGUUAUUAUCUACAGAUGUAAUUAUACACAAACUGUCAGUUUACUUGGAAAGAAAAUUUGGCAGUUUAUGAUAGAAAAAAUGGUCCUGGUUAGUUUCAAUAUGGCAGGUAUAUUGAAUAUUUCUUAUAUUUCAGUCAGAUCUUUCUUUGGGUUUUGGUUGUUGUUUCAUGUAGCUAUUCAAAGCUAAAAUGGUCGUGCAUGCUGUAAAUUAGCUGUCACCCAAAUUUCCUUCUGCACCAGAGUAUGAAGUUUAGUAAGAAUAUUCUAUGUUUAGUCAGAUUUAACGGGCUAAUGGUAUUGUGCACAGAGAUAAUUUUGUCAAGCCAUGAGAGAAAACUAUAUGCAGAGACAGAAAGGAAUUUUUGCACACUAGUUGCACACAAAUGCAUGUAGCCAAUCACACAAAAACAUUUGUGAUGGUAAUAUUAUGCAAAGAAAGCUAUCGUGGGAUUCUUAUGCAACACUUGUCAGGUUUCACAAUGGGGGCUUUUGGUUCAGCCUUGCUCAGGUUUGCUUUCAGGACAUUUUAUGUUGAUGUUUUUAAAAUGACAUAUUGUACAUAGAAUGAAAUGCAUCCAACAGCCAAGGUCUAUACAGAAGGGUCGAUGUAUCAAGGCCAUCUCUUUCUUGCAGUUCCAUCGACAUUUACGGACCUACAUGCACACAUCUGUUUUGCUGUCAUGUUAGUGCUGUUUCCUCUCAGCGGUCCACUGACCAACUGCCAAAGCUUCCACAUGUUCAUUUCAUUCAGCUUCUCUUACAGGAUGUGCCUGAUGCUUCAUAAGACAGCAAUAGAAGCUCUUUUUUUUCUUACACUGUUAGACUAAACAUAUAUAUUCGCAACAUUACUAAUAAUUCCCUGUCUACAAGUUGGCAGUCUAGUAGUUUCUGUGAUUAGUCUUUUUUUAAACCAAGGAUGUAAAUAGUAACAAAAAGAUACAAAAAUCAAAACAGCAACCAAGUAAAGGAAGUUUUUUUUUUUUUUUUUUACACUGACAUGUGAAAUCGGGCUGUCAAAGUAUUAGAUUUUCAAUUUAUAAUCAUCUUAGCCAAAAAAAAAAAAAAAAAAAAUUACAAUGUUUAUAAUUUAAAAUUAAAAUAAUAAUAAUAAUGCUAUCAGUCAAGUUCAUAUUUACAUAUAUUUUUCAGAAAAAAAAAAUCACCAUCAAAGUAUGGAUCUAGAGAGACGGAGAAAAUGUUUCUAAUGAUUUUGUGUGGCAGUAGCAACACACUGCAUUGUCAUCUUUUUUUCCGUUUUAUAACAAGUGACAUCCAGCUUUAGGGUGCAAUUCAUGCCACCUACUGUGUUGGAGUGUUUCUUGAAAUUCACUCUCCAUUUGCCACUGUAGUAAAAGUUCAUUUUGAACCCUGCGAGUAAAUAAACACUAACUCUUUUCCUGACUACCAGCAGGGCUAUUCUUAACCAUUAUACCAUUAUAAACUUUGCUUUUAUGAGUAAGUCUCUCCACAUUCAGCGGCUCUUAGCCUGCAUAUAUCAGGAAGUUACAAUUAACUGCAGUACUGCAAUCAAUCUGAACGGGCUUUUAGUUCCCUUUUGAUUCAUUCACUUUGACAUUGCAUUAUUAUGCUUAUGCGGAAACCCUUCCUCCAAACACUACUGAAGCCUUAUUGAAUCACAGCAGUGAAACUGGCCAAUGGCAUUCAAGCGCGCAAAAUAUGAGGGGCUUCCCACUCUAUAUAAGGCAGCGCUUGUUCAUCAUCCAUUCAGAAUCUCUUCGUUUAGCCAACCUUCUAUGAGAAGCAAGAAGCCUAUCAACAAGAGUACUCACCGUGAUCAACACAUUGCAGCAGACACGCCUUCUCUCCCCUGCUGUGUUCUGGUGAGCUUUGGACAAGGAUGACCUCUUGAGAUUGCUUCUCUUGUGCAGACCCAAUUGAACUCUGGAAUGGCCACAAAUCAUGCGUUUUCUGCCUGGGUCACACCCAUGCAGAGGCAGCGCUUGAGAGGCUGGACUGCCCCCACUGUGGAGAUAUAAGCCUUCGGACUCUCAGGCUCCGUGUGGCCAUCGUCCAAGGCGAUGAACUCGCCCAAAUAGCUCCGCUGCUCUCAUCCUCUGCAGCCUCUUCUGAGCAAAGAAGUAAAGUGCUGUGAGCUUCCGAUGUGGAUCUGUUCGGGUCAGGUGAUGAGCUCACGCUGGCUCAGUGCCCACGCGCUUCAUACUCCCCUGGUGCAGGUUUCCUUCCAGUGAGCUUCAUGAUCGCUGAUCUCCGUCCCUCCCCCAGCGCGCAAGAUUGGUUUAUCUCUGGGAAUUUAAAGGAUGCUUUUUUCCACAUUCAGGUAGCCCCCCAUGACAGGUGCUUCCUGACAUUUGCAUUCGAGGGCAUAGCAUACCAAAUCAUUGUCCUACCCUUCGGUUUAUCCCUGGCCCCUCGUACAUUUACGAAGUGCAUGGAUGCUACUCUCUCUCCUCUGAAGCAGAGCGGAAUGUGCAUCCUGAACUAUCUCAACGAUUGGCUAUCAGAGAGCGCACUGCUCAGUGACAAGCUCAGACUCCCCGCUCAUCUUCAGAGCUUAGGUCUGACUGUGAAUAUGCAAAAGAGCAUGCUGGUACCAAGCCAGAACAUCUCCUUUUUAGGAGUGGAGCUGAAUUCAAUCAAUAUCCGAGCGCGUCUGUCUUAGGAGCACUCCCAAAAACUGAUCAGCUCUCUCGCAGUCUUAGGACACUCUCCCCCACUGAAAUGCUUUCAGAGGACGCUUGGGCAGAUGGCUGCUGCCUCAACAGUGUGCAAAUUAGGACUCCUACAUAUACAACCACUUCAGCUCUGGCUGAAAAGUCACGUGCAACAGAGCACAUUUCACAUGGGCACCUUGUGAGUAUGAGUAACGUGCGACUGCUUGAAAGUGCUGACCCCUUGGUGCGAUAUGACUCUGUACCGCCGGGGUGUUCCUACUGGCCAAGUGAUCAGGAGAAAGACUGUUAUGACAGAUGAUUCGAGCACAGGCUGGGGAGCGAUAUGCAACGGCAGACCAGCCUUCAGGACGUGGUCAGAAACGGAGAAGUUGUGGCACAUAAACUGUCUUGAGCUCCGUGCUGUACACCUAGCGCUCGAGUGCUUUCUCCCAGACAUUCUCCACCAUCACGUUCUCAUCAGGAUGGAAAACAUGACAGUGGUAGAAUUUAUAAAUCACCCAGGGGGUGUGAGCUUGCGGCUGCUGCUGCGGCUGGCUAAAGACCUUCUUCUAUGGGCACCUCCUUUCCAUCUGGGAAGUACAUGUCCCCAGAUGCUUAAAUCAUGGUACAGCCUUACUGUCGAGGGGCGGGAUGAUCCACGGAGAGUGGAGAUUGCACCCUUUGACAGUCAAUAUGAUUUGGAAUGUAUUCGGCAGGGUAGAGGAGGACCUCUUCGCAUCAGCAGAGAACACUCACUGCCCGCUGUUUUAUUCACUGACAUGGUCUCAGCUGGGAGUGGAUGCACUAGCUCACAGCUGGCCGAAGGUACGCAAUUAUGCCUUUCCUCCAGUUUAACUUCUGCCUCGUGUGCUUUGCAAAAUCAGAGAGGAAAGGAAAUCUGUUCUGUUAGUGGCACCGAAAUGGCCCAACCAGCCGUGGUUCCCAGAACUUGUUGGAGAUGCUGGUAGCCCCGCUGUGGACUAUUCCUCUGAAGAGAGACCUCCUCUCUCAAGCACAAGGAAUGAUAUGGCACUCAAAUCCAUAGUCAUGGAGUCUUCAUGUCUGGCCGCUCAACGAAGCUUGCCGGUAACAGAUGCACUUCCUAUUUCACAAAGUUGUGCAUAACGGGACAAAGACCCAUUCAACUGCCCAAUACCAAUAAUUCUUGCCUUUCUUCAAUAUCGAUUUAAAAGUGGUCAAAUGCAAUCUACAUUGAAAGUGUAUGUGGCUGCUAUACCAGCCUUUCAUGCGCACGUCGAUAAUCGCCCAAUCGGCAGAAAUGACCUGAUCAUACGAUUUUUAAAAGGAGCAAGAAGGUUGAACCCUCCUCGCCCUUCCACCCUACCCACUUGGGACUUGGCACUUGUGCAUGACAGUCUCACAAGAUACAAUCAGCAAGCUUGAGAAUGAGCUGCUCAUCCUGGCCUCUGUUAAGUAAGUUGGGGAUCUGCAGGUGCUGUCAACUGACGACUCGUGUAUUGAAUUCGGGCUAGGUAAUUGCAGACUCACCUUGAAGCCGCGGGCUCGCGUCCUCAUGGGCAUGGGCAAAUGGCAUAUCUAUUCAGGACAUUUGCAUGGCAGCAGGCUGGUCAUCACCCAACACUUUUGUGAGGUUUUAUUACAGAUAUAUCGUCACAAUAUCAUUGCCACUCUCAUUAUGGUUCGGUAUGUGAAACUUGACAUACUAAGUUGAGCCAGCAUCCAUCGAUGUAACACGGCAGGAUUUUAUACGUUCCCCAUAAGCAUAGUAAUGCAAUGUCAAAGUAAACGAAUCAAAAGGGAACGCUGUCGGUUACUCAUGUAACCCUGGUUCCCUGAGAUGAGGAAAUGAGACAUUGCACUUACUGCCAUGUCAGCUAGCUCAGAGACUUAGAAUGCCAAGUUGCUUCAGUCAAGAUUCUGAAUGGAUGAUGUACAUGCGCUGCCUUAUAUUGAGUGGGAAGCCUCUCAUAUUUAGCGUGCUUGAACACCAUUAGCAUGAUUCAAUAAGCCUUCAGUAAUAUUUGGAGAAAGGGUUUCCCCAUAAGCAUAAUAAUGCAAUGUCUAAAAAUAAUGCAACCGAGGUUAAGUGAGUAACUGAGAGCGUUUUCCCUGUCCUUAUUAUAAGCUUUAACACAGAGUGGAGAAACCUUAGAACUGCAAUUCGUGAAUCAGUAGCAGCACUGAAAAAACUUGUUAUUAAAAAAUUACUUUUGUUGUUUGAUUAUGAGGCUUUAUAGGCUUUUUGCACCUUUUGAGGCCUGAUUCAAAAUGUACUGUAUGCAGUAUUACAAAAUAGAUAUAUAUUGUUAGAUGGUUAACAGCCAAUAAUAUUUAACAUGGAAAAUCUAAAAUGUUCUGCUAAAGGUGAACAGGUCUUUUCUAUUCUUUUGGAACUUACACAUGUUGAUCAAUUUGCAGCAGCUGCAGCAGUUUUCUGGUGUGUUUUUAUUAUUUCUCUCUUUAUUUUGUUUGCAACCGAGAGCCUUUUGGAGUGAAUUUAGCCCACUUAAGGACUCCGGAGACAAUAUCAAAUGUCAAAAUGGCAGUUUAUUGAGUGCACACAGAGAUCAGACCUGCAAUCAGACCUGUCUCCGGGGCUUGGCUUAUUGUUUAAACUGGGUAGGGGAAACUGAUGUGAUUUCUCACAUAUAAAUUUACCCACAAAACCAAAUGUCGUUCCAAGUACAUUUUGCACUAUAGAGUUUUGCAGUUUGGUUGGGUUUUGAGAUUAGAUGUGCUGGUGAUAUUAUGCUUUGAGAACACUGUGUUUGUAGAGUCAUUUCUUAAAGAUGGUUAAAAAGGUUAUGCAUGGACAGCAAGUAAUGUAUCUCACCAAACAUAAGGACGUUUAAGGAAUGACCUCAAAUAGAUUAUGCAAUAAAACAGCUACAUGUAUGCGUAUGCAAUGUUUGUCAGGUUUUAAGGUGAGUAGUUUGAGUGUGGGCUUGCUCAGGUUUGCUCAUAAGGCCUCAAAGGGUCCUUCAGUCAAACCUCCCCAUUUCCUUCUGAACUUCAUGUGAAGCUCUCCAGCAUCUGUGCUAAUUCUUACAGGACAUAAACCCUGCUUGCACACUGGAUAAUUCCAAAUCUGCAUGCAUGAUUAUUAAAUUACAAUAAAUUAGAUUUAUGGGGGUGGGAAGCCUCACUGCCAGGAUAUUUCCAGUACAGUGCUUCUGGACAUUUGGACGUUCUGCAAAAUUAGUUUGUGAUCCAGGUGCAACCAUGAGGGUCCAUGUCUUUUCUUUCUCUCUAUUCCAGCUAGUGCUCCCUUUGGGCUCUAAUUUACAUGUGCAUGUCUGUUUUUGCUGUCAUGUUUGCACUGCUUUUGCUAGUUUUCCAUCCCAGUGGUCCACUGGCCACAUGCCACAGUUUCCAUAUGUUCAGCUGCUCUUGGAUGAUGUACCUGAUACAUAGGCCCAGACAGAACCAGCACAUUUUCUUCACUAAUUUUUUGGGGAAAUAUGCAUGGAUUCAAAUAUGCUAAAGUGUGCUAAAUAUAGCUGAAAUUGGCAGUUGAAAGCAGAACAUCCAAGAUAUUGGAUCAAUUUGAUUUGUGUGGGCCUACAGGUACAAACCAGGUGUCACUAAUGCAAAAAUGAAUCCAAAUUUAAAUGUUUAUGCAAAUUCUUUGUAUAGUAUUGUUUACUGUUAACACAGACAUUGUGCAAAUGGUGCGUUUGUGGUUCCUAAAAAAAAUAACAAUGUUAAGGAAAAAAGUAACUUGCGAAUAAUUCUAGCUUCACUGUGAUCAAAACUCACAGCACAUUUUUACAGUCUGCACUCUGCAGUCACUCAGGAUUCCUAACCAAUCAGAGGCCAGCUAACAAAUGAUUGGCUGAGAGAGCUGGGAGUCUGUUAACCUAUGCGGAGUUAUUGGACAACACCUUGUUAUAAUUGGACUGGGCCUUGAGGAAUCUAGUCACAUCGCUUGGAUGCAGCUAAAGAUGUACGGUGAGGCUGGAGUGCAGGAAAAUGAUCAAAUGUGAAGCUGCUUUGCAGUAGCGUUCAAGACAGAGUUCGGCAGAUAAUGUUCUGAGAGUCUCAGCACCGCAUGUUUCAACCUUCAGCUAAGUGGACCAGGUUCAGGAAGUCUUUAGGAUCCAUUCCCACCUAGAACGGAGGAGCAGAAAAGCUUAUGCAAGUUCUGGGCCAAAUGGACUUGUGUAACUCAGAAUAUCUCAACAAGAAUACACUCAAAACCUCUAAAUAUCUACUGUGAUCUCCUCUCACUCCACCACACCUCCGUCACGCCGACCACCUGUUCUCCACCCCUAUCUCCUCCUGCACCUAUCAGUCCUAGGUUUUUGGGUGGUGUGAUGUCAGGUUUUCUUGUGGUGGGCUGUUUUCGACAGGUCCAGACAAUCAGCGUGUUUGUCAAUGUCAAUGUGUGAUUUUCAAACUCUUUGUUUAUGGUCAGGAUUUUAAAGGAAGAUAUUUUUAUGGUAAUUGUCGCUGGUCUAUUUUACUAUAUAUUUAUGUAAUAAAUAUGUGACUCAAUUUA